CCCCGUCUCGGUGAAGUUUGGAGGAUCUGAACGUGAUGCAGAGGGCAUUUGGACGGCCGUCACGAUGUGCGAAGGGCACGGAAAACGAUGUCGCCUCACUUAUGAGCUGGUAACAGUCGGCUCCCUCACCCCCUUUCGAAGACGAAACCACCAUCAUGAUGCCAUUGUGUGUGCUGGCUGCUCGUGCGUACGUGCAGGCCUGGUCAGUUGGCGGUUAAGUCGCAGAAAUGGUGUUCGGAGACGAGAGAAGAGUUCAGAGGUUACAUUUGGAGGCCUUUCCCGAAGCAAGAACUUCAAGGCGACCUGGAGGCAGCGCGGCGGCCACAGCAGAGGGGGCCAGAGCCCUCGGGGUCGCCUUCUUCAUUGCAGAGGCCAGAAGGUGCGAAAACAGUGUGUGUAAGAAAUGGGAAACGCGUGAACAGCAAGUGCUCUGCUGCAUGUCCACGCAGGCCGCACGACUGAGGCGGUGAUUGCCGGUGCUCUUGAAGGUCCCCACGAGGUGCAGGACGAGCCGUGUGACCUCCGCACCCUCGACCCCACGGCCGCAAAGACCGUCACCGCCUCGCCGACUCGACCAGAGAAGACCCUACCGACAACUGCAGCCAAACAGCCCCGCAGCUUCUUCCGGCACACGGCUGCCCGCCAUCGCUUACGGGUGGAGGAAGAAGCCAAGAGACGCUAUGUGCCCCCGCCGGGACCAAGGCCGGUGGUGCUGAGUGGUUACCAUAUGAACCGCCUUUACACCCCACCGAGCGCACACACACAGUCAAGGGCGAAGGCGGCGAGAGAGCCGGAGGUGCCCGAGAAGCUCCCGGCCUUCCGGUUCGGCAAGCCAAAGCAGACUAACAUGCUUUACAGCUCGUUCGGCCCGCCGAAGCCUCCUCCUUCGUGCUGUCGGCACAAGACGGGCAGAGUGAGCAGGGGGGCCGCGCGAGGGAGGGGACGGGCCGGGGAGGGCCAGGUGAAGGGGAGAGCGGGGGGAGAGGAGUUGGGGUGGGUGAGGCCUGCUGAGACGGGCAGGGGUGUGGUCAGCGCCAAUGGGCGGUCGGUGCAAAGGGCGGCCAACACUCCGGUAGGCACCACAGACCGAUUGAUUGUCUUGUCGAUUUGUUUGUUUCGUUCAGGAGGAGGUUCGCCGGAACAAGGGCACUCAGACGCUGUCUCCACCAGGCCCCAGCACAGCGGCUGCGCCGUCGCCCCUCCCUCCUCCCAUGGCCGCCGUCAAGGAGCCACAGGUACACAGGCCACUCCAUUGCUCGUCUUUCUUCAUGCCCUCACACCCUCUCUCCCUGUGUGUGUGUGUGUGUGUGUGUCAGAGGGUGGAUGAGCGUGUGUCUGUUGGUGGCGAUGGGGUGAAGGAAGGGAUGCCCCCCGAAGGGGCCAGGACGACACAGAACCCACAGAGGCCCAGAGAAAGGCAAGCCAGCGUGACGGCAUACCGUCUGACAGACAGGCAACGCACUCUAUUAUCGGUUGAUUUGUGUGUGAUUUGGAUGCGUUCGUGUGUGGUGUGGCAUGGCUGCAGUGGUGCCGGUGAGUGGGCUGACGCUGCUUACAGCGACUUCCUCCCGUACUGGCGGUCCAACCCUUAUGCCACGCUGUAUAACCCCCAGAUCUACGAGUAUAUUUGGGUGGUGACACACGUGUGAGCGUGUGGGUGGAUGGAUCGAUGUGUGUGUCUCUGCCUGGCUGGCUGGGUGUGGCUGGGUGGGUGGCUGCGGUUGUCUGUCUGCAGGGAGCUGCCAGCUCGUACGCUGCGUGACCUGCCCCCUGCAGGCCUUCCGCGGCCCAAUACUGUGCCUCUCAAGAUCACAUGAGAUGAGCGCUGGUGUGUGCGUGUGUGGGUGUGUAUGGUUUGUCUGAUGCCUGUGUGCAUCUCUGUUAACCACCCAACUGUGUGCUGUUGCGAUUUGCGGGGUUUAAUUGUAGACACACAGAGAGAGAGGUCAGACAGACAGACAGACAGACAGACGGACAUAAACCACUCACACACACACACAAACGGGUCCAUUCGUGGGUUCGUUCCUUCGCCUGCACUGUCUCUCUCUCUUGCAAUUGACCCACACACACUCACACACACACCAGCGAACGAACAAACCGACGCAGUCAGGACACACACACGGAGGGGCAAAGAGAGAGAGAGGGGGGAUUUCAUCCCGCAAUGCAAUCAUCUGAUCAAUCAGGCGAUCAGUAGGAGAGGCCGACGACACCGCAUCACAUCACACGCACCAUGCACU